CUGGCACUAUACUGAACUAACUUCCUAGGAAACUAACUUUCUAAAAAGUUUUCUUUGGUCAGUUGUUUUACUGUGAUUUCAUAUUAACAUUUGAAAAAUAAACAUUUUAAAGAUGUACCUUGUGCACAAAUUUCAAACCACAACGACGUGUUUCAAAAUACUGUGAAUGGAUUAAAGAAGACACUUUUCCAAAGCUGGAGAUGGCAGAGUCUUCUGAUGUUGAGAUUUACCGUAAAGCCAUAAUUAAGAACUUUGUUUCACUCAAGAAGUAUUUGCAGCCUGAUCCUAUAAUUGAUUGUAAAACAGGCUUUGAAUUACUCUCCUUCGCAGACAGAAAGAAUAUCAAGGGCAAGGACCCAACUGAUAAGAAUCACACGAUAUUGAGAAACGUGAAGAAGAGAGGUGCUAAAGGUUACACAGAUUUUAAAGAGUGUCUAAGAGAGACUUGGCAGACGGACAUAUUAGAGCUGAUUGUUUGUGCAGAGAAUGGACAGGACACAAAAGAGAUAGAGAGUCGGCUUGAGAAAACUGCAUUGUUGAGUCCAGAGUAUAUCAAACACAAAGGUGAACUUCAAGGCAACCUGAUUAAAUUCUACAGAAAAAUGUGCAGUUCAAUUCCUCUCUCACCGCUUCUUGAAGAAAUAGAGACACCUCUAGCUGGGUUCUACGUGAUGCCAGAUAUAGUCGCCGUUAAACAGAAAUCCUUAACUUGUCAUGAAGAGGAGAGAACACCGAUCAAGUCUUUGAAAGAUCUGUUUUCUACCGAAAGUGGAGAACAGCAAGACAUUUAUUUAUCAGCUGAGGCAGGCUUUGGAAAAACUGCUUUUUCCAAAUAUCUUGCAAUCACGUGGUGUCAAAGUCAUUGCCACAAUGAAAACUACGCCAGUUUUAAAGACGACGAGUUAAAAACGUUAUUUGACUUUACGUUCUUAUUUUUGGUUUCAUUAAGAGACUGUACCUAUGUUUGUAACAUUGACGAUAUGAUUAAACAGCAAAUUACUGAGAAACUUCCUUCAUCAGCAUCACUAGAUGAAGUUUUAUGUAGAGAAAAAUGCUUGAUUAUAUUGGACGGUCUUGAUGAAUGGACUCACCCUGAUAAUAGCUGUAGCAAAGUAACAGAAAAAAUACCACAUCGGUACGUACGUGAUAAUUGUGUUAUCCUUACGACAACUCGACCGUGGAAGCUUGGAGUUUCAAAUCUCAAGACAAGUCAAAUAAACAAAAAAGUAGAAUUGGUUCAAUUAAAUUCAGAUUCUACACGGCAACUAGAAGAAAAUGCUAUAAGAAAAAUGACAAAUGUCCAAAACGAUAGCGUACUGAAGCGUAAAACACAGAACAUUAAUAAAGCGAUACGUGACCGUGGCCUAGAGCACAUGCAAGUGAUCCCACUCCUCCUCAUGUAUAUAGUUUGCCUUUGGUGUAACAACGUUCCAAUAGGAAAUUCAAAACAUGAAAUUUACACCAAUAUUAUUGAAUUUCUAUUAUCGAGAACGUCAAAGAAACACCCGGAAGCGCACCCAUCUCGUGAAUCGUCUGCCAGUGAAAUACCAGAAUACUUAAAAAGUCAUGAAUUUUGUAAAAAGUUUUACAGUCUUAUAACAUCAUUAGCAGAACUAGCUUAUCAAACAUUGUUUAAGGAAAACAGAGAAAACAUGCUUGUUUUUGAUAGAACGGUUGCUGAAAAAUAUCUCAAAGCAGACGAUAUGGAAUUAAGUCUUCUCUCAGGAAUACUGUCAGAAAGUAGAAGUAAAACUUUAAUAAAAGAAAUUAUCAAAGUGUCGUUUUCGCACAAAACAGUGCAAGAAUUCUUUGCCGCCAUAUUUAUAAAUUCGCACAUUGGCGCUCAGAAAACAGAUCUAGAAGACGCUAAAAAAACUAUUCUAGCAAAAUGUAGAAAUCUUCAAGACAUUCUGGACAUGUCAAAAAUUUUUGAAUUUAUAAGUAAAAUGAAUGCUGGCCUGAUGUUUGAAAUAUCAAAGGAUUUGAUGUCUGUGAUAAAUGAAGACGAGAACACACGCCUCUUUAGAACUAGGACAAGUGACGAGGAGGACUUUAUGUACAAUGCUCCAUUGCGGGACAUACAGAAAAUGUUCAUGUCGUGUUUGCAAGAAAUGCCUGAAAUUGAAAAUAUUCAAUUAUGUUUACAAGAUUUCUCCAUUAACGAGGACACCGAGCACAGCGUGCAGUUACAGCGUUUGUUAAAACAAAAUAAAACCAACAUUAAAUCACUUUAUAUAGACACCAACCAUACUUCCAGCAGUUUACGUGAAAUUAUAGAUUUAUUCUCUUUAUCAGAUCUCAGUCAUAUACAGAAACUUGUCUAUUGUGGUGGCAUUAAAAAGGAGGCUGAGAUAAAUCGGAUAUUGUUUCCCAGUUUACAGUACUUAAUUUUGUGGAACGGAAACUGGACAAAUGAUGAAGAAAAUCUGAGUGAAAACAUGGCGCAAUGUCAAAACUUACAAUUUUUACUUAUAAUCUGCUUCUCGUUAUCUCACAAAAUGCUGGAUUUUUUUUUCAAUUUUAUCUCUGGUCUAAAAUCAAUAAAAGAGUUAACAUUGGACGGGUAA